AUGGAAAGAGAAAAGCCAAUCAGGUUUACUGGUGAGCUGCUAAGGGUUGCAACAGAUAAUUAUUCUACAUCAUUGGGGUCAGGAGGUUUUGGAGAAGUUUAUAAAGGAAAUUUAAGGGACGGAACAACAGUGGCUGUGAAGGUUCUGCGUGCAAAUUCUGAUAAGAGAAUUAAGGAACAGUUUAUGGCAGAAGUGGGUACAAUUGGAAAAGUUCACCAUUUCAACCUUGUUAAGUUGUAUGGAUUUUGCUUUGAGAAAGACCUGAUAGCACUGGUUUAUGAGUAUAUGAGGAAUGGAUCUCUUGACAAGUAUCUGUUUCACGAAAACAAGACUCUAGGAUACGAAAAGCUUCAUGAGAUUGCAGUUGGAACAGCCAGAGGCAUUGCAUACUUGCAUGAAGAUUGUGAACACAGAAUAGUCCACUAUGACAUAAAACCUGGAAAUAUUCUGUUGGACAAGAACUUCAAUCCAAAAGUAGCUGAUUUUGGAUUAGCUAAACUCUGCAACAGGGACAAUACUCAUAUAACAAUGACAGGAGGAAGGGGGACUCCUGGUUAUGCUGCACCUGAGCUUUGGAUGCCAUUUCCUGUGACUCACAAGUGUGAUGUUUAUAGCUUUGGAAUGCUGUUAUUCGAAAUCUUUGGCAGGAGAAGAAACCUUGACAUUAACCUUCCCCAAAGCGAAGAGUGGUUUCCAGUAUUGGCUUGGAAAAGAUUUGAGGCUGGAGAAUUGGAAGUGUUAAUGAAUGCUUGUAAGAUUGAGGAGAGGCAUAAGAAAAUGGCAGAAAGAAUGGUGAAGGUAGCUUUGUUUUGUGUUCAGUAUAGGCCAGAAACAAGGCCAAUUAUGAGUGAUGUGGUGAAAAUGUUGGAAGGUUCAGUAGAAAUUUCUAAACCAUGUAACCCGUUUCAGCACAUGAUAGAAGGAACUUUUAGGGGUAAUUAUUCUGUCCAUGCAUCCGGAACUGAUGUAAAUACAAGUAUCACUACCAGUUCUUCUUUCAUGGUAACUGAACCAGGCAUUGUAUAUGACAUUCCAGACAUUGAAUUGGCCUCUACCUGA